AUGAAGCGAUUUUCUUCGAUGUUUCGACGAGCGAGAGGAAGAAAGCCCUCUCCUCCGAACUCAAUGGAUCCGAAACCCGCAGCUCCCGCUCCCGCUCCCGCAGAGACUCCGGCGCCAGCUCCAGCUCCAGGUCCGCCACCAGCACAACAGUUGAAUACCCAGGCAACCGGUGCUACUCUCAAUAUUGCCUUGCAGAAUCAAACUACAUCGUCCACGGUAUACGCGUACGUGACUGGGACUGCAAUCGACAACAACAAUGCUCUUUUCCUGCUGUCGUCUGAUGGGAACACACCGUACUAUCCGACAUCUCCUGGAGGGACCGGCUCAGCCCUUGCACAGGACUGCGCCAUCGGGCUGGGUGCUCCAGGCAACACGGUAAACGUGACGAUCCCACACAUCGCCGGCGGUCGUAUCUGGUUCUCCGUCGGGUCACCAUUGACGUUUCUCCUGAACCCAGGCCCGGCGCUGGUCGAACCGUCGGUCACCAACCCCUCGGACCCCAACAUCAACAUCAACUGGGGCUUCGCCGAGUUCACGUUCAACAGUGACCAACUCUACGCGAACAUCAGCUACGUCGACUUUGUGGGUCUCCCGAUCGCCCUGACCCUGACCACGGCCAACAGUGGAACCCAACACGUGUCAGGCAUGCCGGCCAACGGCCUGGACCAAGUCUGCAGUGGCCUGCUGGCGCAACACGCGACCGACGGCCAGGGCUGGGACCAGCUGGUCGUCACGACGCAAGACGGGCAGAACCUGCGCGCCCUCUCGCCCAACCAGGGCAUGGUGAUGAAGUCGGACCUCUUCACCGGGUACUACGACGACUACGUGAACCGCGCCUGGGCCAAGUUCUCCGGCCAGCCGAUGUCCGUCGACACGCAGGCCUCGUACGGCACCGUGUCCGCACAGGUGUCGGACGGCGAGUUGUCGCUUGGCGGCUCCGAAUUCUCCCAGCCGUCGACCCGCGACGUCUUCACGUGCUCGACGGGACCCUUCGCCACGGGCGCCGACGCCGAGGCGAACGCCAUCAUCCCCCGGCUCGCCGCGGCCUUCAACCGGUCGACACUCCUGGUCAGCGACGUCUUCCCGGCGGACCAGAGCUUGUACUACCAGGACCCCGUGACCAAUCACUAUAGUCGCAUCGUGCACGGCGCCAACCUCGACGGUAAAGGGUACGCCUUUCCGUAUGACGACGUCCAGCCCACCAAUGGGAAAGACCAGAGUGGCGAGGUACACGCGGGGGAUCCGACGUUGUUCACCGUCACGGUGGGUGGGCAGAAUGCUAGCGUCGAUGUCCCCAAGCAUAAGGAUGAGCUUUAG